UAUAACCGUCAUUUCCCACAACGCUGUUUAAAUGAAAAGUUCAUCAUAAUCGUCAUCAUUAUUAUAUAUUUGUUUAUUUCGACAGCACUUACGUCAAAGUGCAGUACAUAUGAGUAAAAAGAAUUACAGGAACAACCCCGACAUUAAGCCGGUGAAGGCAGGUCAAUACUGAGGCAACGAAGCUGGAGGCGAGGAGGCUUUGGUGGGCAAUGUCAACAAGCUGAUGGUGACCCCGCCAGGGCACUCAGGAGCUCCAAGAAAAGGACAUUUGGUUUUCGAUGCUUGCUUCGAGAGUGGGAACCUUGGCCGUGUUGACUACAUCAGUGAAUUUGAGUUUGACCUCUUCAUCCGGCCUGACACCUGCAAUCCCCGGUUCCGGGUUUGGUUCAACUUCACUGUGGAGAACGUCCGAGAGACACAGAGGGUCAUAUUCAACGUGGUCAACUUCUCCAAGACCAAGAGCCUCUACCGUGAUGGCAUGUCUCCUGUUGUCAAGUCAACCAGCAGGCCCAAAUGGCAAAGACUUCCGGCCAAGAACGUGUACUACUACCGCUGCCCGGACCACCGGCGCAACUAUGUUAUGUCGUUUGCCUUCUGCUUUGACCGAGAGGACGACGUGUACCAGUUCGCCUACUGCUACCCUUACACCUACUCCCGACUGCAGCACUACCUCGCGAGCCUGGAGCGCAGAGCGCUUCCCUACCUGCGGAGGGAGCAGCUGGGACUCAGUGUGCAACAACGGCAGCUGGACCUGUUAACCAUCACCAAUUGCGACGAUCUGUGUUGCGCGUUGCCGGUUUCCAACAUCCAAGAUUUCAGCCCCGAGCACGGAGCCGAUUUCGAUCAUCGGAAGGUGUAUGUGGUUCGCAGGGGAGAAGAAGAGAAUGGCAAAGCAGGCCAGCCGUGCGAGGCUCACAUCCUUGCCCUUGCAGAUGCUGUAGAGGAGUUUGAAGACUUUAUAAUGCAAAAGAAGAUGAAAAUUCCCAAGAUGUCCAUCAAGAAUUCAGGAAAUUCAAUUGAGAACAGUUUUGGACAGGAGAGGAUGCCUCUCAGGCAUAAAAAGGCCCUUUCUCAGGACCCUGGACGCCCCAUUUCAAACUCCUCCAAAAGUUUGGCAGCAGUAGUGGCUCGCCUAGAGAGAAACGCAGCAAGUUCCUGUAUGGAAGGCGAAGACGAUCUAGAUGAGGAUCGACUGGCUGAGGAAGGAGAGGAUGCUGACGAUGAAGAUGAAGAUAUGGAAGCAGAACAGCACCAGGACGAUCAUCAUCAUCGUCAUCGUCAUCACCAGCAGCAGCAGCAACAUCUCCAGGUGGACACAGACGUGGCCGCGGCGGUUGUUCCUCGCGUCCAUUAUGAGGAGCUGGUCGUCAGCUACAGGCAGCAGGAGGACGAGAUGAGGAGGCUGCAGCAGGAGCUGGAAAGAACACGUCGCCAGCUGGUGCAGCAGACCAAAAAACUCAAGGAAUACGGCAGCCUGCUGACUGAAGUCAAAGAACUCAGGGACUUCAAUCGACGGCUGCAGGAUGUGCUUCUCAUUAGGCUGGGCAGUGAGCCUAUGCAUGACAGUGGCACGCAGACAAUCAAGGCUGAGGUGAUUGAACCCAUUGUUGAGACCCAGGAAACAUUCCGAGAAGAAGCCAACACCAGUUCCAGCUACUCACCAUCUCCUAGAACAGUCUACACAUGCAACGAUGGCAAGGUACACCUCGGCGGUGGGAUCUGGGUGGAGGAGGAGAAGUGGCACCAGUUGCAGCGCACCCAGGGAGACUCCAAAUUCACAAAGAACCUGGCUGUCAUGAUCUGGGGCACGGAAACCCUCAAAAACCGUAGCGUCACAGGAGUGGCUACCAAAAAGAAGAAAGACGCCCUUCCUAAACCGCCACUGUCACCAAGCAAGCUAAAAAUUGUCAGAGAGUGUCUGUACGACCGAGUUUCCCAAGAGACGGCCGACAGCGCGGAGAUAACGCAAAGAUUGUCCAAAGUGAACAAAUACAUUUGCGAGAAGAUCAUGGACAUCAACAAGUCCAUCAAGAACGAGGAGCGGCGGGAGUCCAAGCUCCUCAUCAGACAGACGGUCAAGAUGGAGAGCUUUGCCUACGACGGCAUGUAAAGAUCAAGUGUUCUUCUGCGCCCUUCCUCCUCCCCAUCACGCAAAGGUCAAAGGAUAUGGAGGGGGCUCGGUUUGAGAACAUUUGGUGUUGUCUUCACGGUCUCAGCAGCACCACUAUUCCUUCAACUCAUCAAAUUGGUCAUGGUGUGAAACACAAAAGGCCCUCUUUUUUUUAAGAAAACAGCAACAGCUCCUUCCUCACAGCUCUGUUUGCCUAUUAAGUUACAGACAGCUUUACCCACCAGGCAGAUGGUAACAAGCAUGAGUGUUUUUUUUUUGUCCCCCCCCCCCCCCCCCGACCUAAAAAAAAAGCUUUACAAUGGGGUCAGUAUGAAGAAAUAGUUUGCCUAAGCGUGUCUGAGUUGGUUUAAAAAAAAAAAAAAAAAAAAAGAUUGUGAAAUUAAUUUAUUGUUCUG